AUGUUUAAACAAAUUUUAUGUCAAAUAUUUUCUAAUCAAUGUCACUUAACUUCUCUUCAACUCGAUAUAACAAAAUUAUCUUAUGAAAUUCAUCAAAGUUUAAAUUCCCAUUCUUAUGUUUCAACAAACAAAAUUUCUAAUGAAUUUCCAUGGUAUUGUAUAACUUUGCGUCAUUUAUAUAUUCAUCUUAAUCACAUAUGUUUUCUUGAACAUCUCAUUGAAUAUGUACCCAAUCUUGAACAAUUAUCGGUUCAUUUUCACAAUUCAUUAAUUGAUAAGUAUUAUCCUAAUUCCAACAUUAAUAUAUUGAAAUUAUCAAAUAAAAAUUGGUUUAAUAAAAUACCAAAAUUGAAAUGUUUUACAUUAAAAAGUUUUAUUUAUACGAAUUUUGAAUUUACUUAUUUAAAAUGGCUUCUUAAUAAUUUAAAUCAUAUUAUUAAAUUACAAAUUCAUUUAUAUAGUAGAUAUAUAUGGAAAUCUGUUAUUGAUGCAAAUUUUAUUCGUCAAUAUUGUUUACCUGAUGAAAUAAUUAAUUUAAAAUAUUUUUAUUUUUAUAUUUGUGCAAAACGUCAAUCAUCAUUAAAUAAUAUUUCAGAAAUAAUUAAUUCUUUUAAAAUAAAUUCUUUUUUUAUUUCACAUCAAUGGACAAAUGUUCAUUGUUUUUACGAUGAAAAUACAUCAAAGCAACAUAUAUUCUCUUCUAAUCUUAAAAAAUUUCAACAUUCUAUUCUUUUAUUUAAACAUUCAUAUAUAUAUGAAUGGUCUAAUAUUGAACAUAUUCAGAAUAGUAUUCAUCCAUCAUUCUAUUUAUUUCUUAAACAAUUCGAUGAAUUAUGUCCUAAUGUUUCUUCAAUGACAAUUGAUAUAGGUAAAUAUUUUUUUUUUCCAAAUGUAUUUCUCAAUGAUCUUUAUAAAUAUGAUGAUCAAUGA